AUGUCGCCAAUGUCCAGUCUGGCCCUCAAGGCCGCUCUCCUGCUUCCCCUCGUGAGUGCUGCUUCAUGCAGUAAUGAGACCUAUACCCACAAUGGCCUCACCUGGUCUCGCAGCAUCCGCAUGAACCAGGUCCAGGUCGUCGGCACGCACAACUCGUACCAUCGCGAAGCGCCACUUGAGGAGCAUCCCACUCAAGCGACGAUGCUUCCCAACGUCCAGAACUACUACUACUCCCACCCGUCCCUCGAUAUUCAGCUCAACUACCAGUCCAUCCGCAAUCUUGAGCUCGACAUCUUUGCCGACCCUGAGGGAGGCCACUACGCCACGCCCCUCAUCCGCAAGCUCGCGAACCUCUCCACAACUCCAGACCCCGAUCUCCUCGCCCCGGGGAUCAAAGUCCUGCACGUCGCUGACGCAGACUACCACCCUACCUGCAAGACGUUCAUUGGGUGCUUGAACAUCGUCAAGAAGUGGAGCCAGGCACACCCGGACCAUGUCCCCAUCCCCUUCAUGAUCGAGUUCAAGACCUCCGAAGCCGCCUUCGCAGCAAUCGGCGGCGCGUCUCAGAUCCCUUGGAAUGACAGGGCACUUCUCAAGGGCCUCGACGAUGAGAUCCGCAGUGUCUUUGCACCCGAGGACCUUGUUACCCCAGAUGAUAUCCGUAGGGGCAACUUGACCUUGGAGCAGUCCGUCUUGCAGUAUGGAUGGCCCGACUUGGAGAGUGCCCGUGGUCGCGUGCUCUUCCUAAUGGACAACGGGCCCGUCAACCCCAUCCGUGACUCUUACACCCAGGGCCGGCCUAACCUUGAAGGCCGUGUUCUCUUCACAAACUCUGCACCCGGAAACUCUGAUUGCGCGUUCCAAAAGCUCAAUGACCCCACUGGUACCGAACAGGCCAACAUCCAGGCGCAGGUCAAGGCGGGCUACUGGGUCCGCACACGCGCCGACAUCCCACUCGAUACUCUGCUGUCCAACGACACAACGGGGAUGCGUGAGGAUGCUUUCUCCAGCGGUGCGCAGAUCGUGUCGACCGAUUUCCAGGCCUACGGCAUGAGCAGCCGCUGGAACGUCGACUAUGCCGUUCGCUUCAAGGGUGGUGCGGCGGUGCGGUGCAACCCCAUCAACGGGCCCGCCGACUGCGCGAGCGAGGCGUUGGAGCCGAUUAAAUACAUUCGCAACUAG